AUGGAUCCCGUGAGACUAUUCUCCGAUACCUUCGGUGUAGAUUAUUCCGCAGCAGCGUACCUGGUCGGCGCACUUUCCUCCAUCCCCGUUGCUUACCUUCAUAGGUUUAUCGGCCCGCCCGCGCUCCGCCACGUGUACGCCGCAGUAUCCGGCGUACUUCUUUCUUUAAUCUCCUUCACUCCCGAUGUGCUGCUGCAUUUCAUCCUCGCAGCGGCCUUCACGCUUAUCGUCAUGCGAACGCAGCGAAGAAUCUGCGGGCUGGUUACAUUCAUUGGUACCUUCGCACAUCUCAUCGCAUGCCACGUCAUCUUCAUGAGCGACGACGCGCGGCGAACGGGCCGCGUGGAUUUCACGGGGACUCUAACGAUCGUGGCGAUUAAGCUGACGUCACUCGCCAUGGACUACCAAGACGGCCUUAAAUCCCUAAAGGACGACGCGAAGCGCGCGAAAGACGGCGAGAAGCCCGAGAGCGAUCAACCAACGGGCGACGAUCGGAAAAAGGCGGAGAAGCGUGCGAGAGUGAUUAGGGAGAUGCCGUCGCUGGUGGAGUUUCUUGGGUAUCUGUUCUGCUGCGGGCAGCAUCUAUUGGGGCCGUGGUUCGACUAUCAAUCCUACGACGAUUGGACGCAUCGCCGCGGGGUGUGGUCCCCCUCGGUCCGCUCUCCAUCCCCCAUCCCGCCCUUCCUCCGUGUGCUCGUGCAAGGCGCGCUAGCAGCAGCCGUCUUCCUCCUCAUCUUCCCGCACCUCGACCUCUCCCUCGCCACCGACCCCGCGCGCUUCUUCGCGCUGCCCUUCCUGCGCCGCCUGCUGCUGGUGUUCCACGCCACGCUCGUCACGCGCUGGCGCUGCUACAUUGUCUGGUCCAUCGCCGAGGCUGCUAUGGUUGCCGGCGGGCUUGGAUUUUCUGGCUGGGUCACUAAGCCUGCUGCUGCUGCUGCUGCUGCCCCUGCUGUCCCCGCUGUUGCUGCUGGUGCUGCUGACACGACUGCGGCUGCUGCUGCCCCUGCUGCUGACACGACUGUGGCUACUGCUGCCCCUGCUGCUGACGCGGAUGGUGCUGCAGCAGGGGAGGGGGCAGCAGACGAGCAUGAUGGGAAGGAGAACCACGCAGAGAGGAAUGGCGGGACGAGUGUUGGCGAUGGACAAGCAGACGCAGCAGCAGGAGCGAAUGGUGGGCGAGUGAUGAUGGGAGAGCUUGUGAACAAGCAGAGAGGCAGCAAGGCAGGAUUGAAGGGCUCUGCAGUAAGUGGAGAGAAGAAGAGAGCAAUCGCUGCCACCCCUGCUGCUCCCACUCCUGUUACUGCUCCUGCUCCUGCUCCUGCUACUGGUGCUGCCACUGCUGCCGCCACUCGCACUGAUGCUGAUGACGCCCCUGCGUGUUCACGUGCCGGGCGGCAGGUCGCGGCGUCAGGUGCCGAGCGACAGGUGGCGUCGUGGGAUAGGGCGCGCAACGUGAAUAUCCUCGGCAUGGAGCUGGCGAGCACGGGUGCUGACGUGGCGAAGAACUGGAACAUCUCCUUCAGCACGUGGCUGCGCAUCUACGUGUAUGAGAGGCUGGAGGCAAUGCCUCGGAAGAGUGCGCUAUUCAACCUGCUCUUCACCUUCUUCAUCAGCGCCAUCUCACAUGGACUGAACCCAGGUGACUUGAUAGGCUUCGCCCACUGGGCGCUCAUGAUAGCGGGCUCGCGCGUCAUCUACCGCUGGACCCGCCCUCUGGCGCAGGGCUCGCUGCGCCGCCGUGUUGCCUCGCUGCUGCACUUCCUCUACGUGCUGCUCUGCAUCAACUACGCUGGCUUUGGCUUCAGUGUGAUGACAUUCCAGCACACAGUACAGGCCUACAGAGGCCUCUAUUACUACGGCACAAUAGUGCCUGUGGUGCUCAUCCUGGCAGGCAACUUCAUCAGAACACCAAGGCCGAGGGGGUCCAAGAAAAGCCUCAAAACAGAGUAG